UUCUUCGCCUCAUCUUCAAGAUCGAAACCAACCUCGUGGAAUCCGUGAUGAGCUCUAGUGUUUACACCUGCCUAUAGGUAUAUAUAGAACACAUACCUAUGGGCUCCUCCCCCCCUUCACGUCAGCCCGUGUGUAACAGCCUCCGGCUCUGAACAUUCUCAUAUACUUCACGCCACUAUCGCCACCACCACCACCCGAAGGUCUCUCUGGAUAUUCCCCGGGGCUGCGACGAGAUCAUGCCACGGGCAGCGAUGGUCGAGCUCGAUUUCUUCGCUUUGGAGAAGCAGACGAUGGCCUCCGGCCCUCCUGAGCACCGGUGGACUAGCUCUCCCGGUAUAGUCGCCGGAGCUCGAAGCGGAUAUGUUCAUGACCGCAUCAGGAGUGGUAUCCGAAGCGCCGCCAACCCCACGAUCCCGAGUGUUGAAAAUGGCGUUCAGUUCGCUCCCUGCGAUCCCUUCUUUGUUUCUCCGCCGGCGUCGUCUUUCAAAAGAGAUCGUCCAAAUGGGUUUCCUGCCCCAACACCAGCGCACAGUCCUCUUCUCAGGCCUACCUCAGACAAAAAUGGCAGGAUUGCUCCGAUGACAAUAUUCUACAAUGGAAAGAUGACCGUCGUCGACGUCCCUCGCAUUAUGGCCGAGAACAUACUGAAGCUCGCCAUGGAAGAAUGCUCCAAGAACCCUGAAUCAGAGAAACCAGAGACUGCAAUGCCUGCUCCAUCACACCAGCAUCAGUGGUUUGAAUCUCUUAACAAAUAUCUGCCAUUGGCCAGGAGAAAAUCCCUACAGAGAUUUCUGGAGAAGCGUAAAGAGAGGUUGACUUCGGCUUCGCCGUACCAUGACCCGGCGCACCUACCACCACGCGUUUCCGGGUUCAAAAAUUGAAGAAGAUGACCACCACGCGUAGGCUGGCUCGAGGCAAUUUCCACACGACCAUCUCAUGUUAGUUUAUUAGUGAGAAUGGGGAAAAAGAAGAAGACGAAAAAGGCCCGGUCAAAGGAAGGAUUGUCACCAUUAUUUAAUUGCUGUACUAUGUCUAUGUUAGCAGAUAGUGCGCAGCCGUGCUAGCUUAAUGGGAUGUUUGUUCAAGGUGCGGUUUUCUAAGGCGCUGUCGUCUUGGACCGACACCGACGUCCGCUGUCUCCUUUGGAAUCUUUUUUUGGGUCGUCAUGGUCCGACGUGCCAACUAAUUUAGCAAACAAUUUUUCAUUUUUAUUACGAAGUUCACGCAUUGCACGCGAGUGUGAACUCGACUUGUAUGACUCUACAUAUAUUCAAGUACCAUUUGUUCA